CCCCAAAAUGUCAGCAGAUCCUGCUCUACUCCAGCACAUUGAGAACAUCUCCAAACUGUGCCGAAUUUGCGGCCAGGCGGUGCUAAAAAAGAGGGACAAACAAAAGAUGUACCAGCCCAACCCCUGCCGCAAAUACGCCCGGAGAAUCCACGAGAUUUGGGGGGUGGAUGUCACCAAGGACAGGGGCCACCGGCACCCUCCAGCUUUCUGCCACCGUUGUCGAUCGAAACUGGCCAGGCCGCCGCAUUUUUCACGGCCGAAAGUAGUGACCUGGUAUGACCACGACGCAUUUGAGGGCCACUGCGCCGCUUGUGAAAAGGUUGCAUCCAUAGCGAAAGGUGGAAGGCCGACGAAGAUCAAGCCACCAGGUAGACCAAGAUCACAGCCGAAACAAGACGACGACAAACAAGAACAACAGAAUGAAACCACAGCAAAGCUUGAAGAGGAUAACAAACUUGUUGGUGAACAUAAAUGACCACCAUGUGAUAAGAGACAAUGUCUGUUUGCUGAUAAUGACAAAAACUGAGAGUUUUCCAAUGUAUAUUGUUUGCAUUUACUCCAGUUCACACAAAAUUCAUUGUAAGCCACUGAAAAGUUAUGGGCUACUCUAGUUGUAACUUGAUGAUAACAGAUGUUUCACAUUUGUAUUGAAAAGUUUAAGGUUAUACCCAUGAGUAAAUUGUAUUACAUAGUAUGUAGUUGUAGUCUCAAGUUUGCAUUGAUAAUGUUGCCAUACUUGUUCUGUUGACAUUUUACAUCCUUCUGCCAAAGUUUUGUUAACUUUUUAUACAUAGUCAUAUUAUAAAAUGACAUUAAAUCUUGUU